AUGCCUCGCAGACCGGGCUUGUAUGACGGCAAGGGGCGGUUGGUAUUGAAGAGCCUGACGCUACCGGAGCUGGAAGCCUGGUGCGCGUCAGAAGGCGAGGAGGCCCCGGCCAACCGGGCCUUACAGCUUUGGCGCUGGAUGUACGCGGACCCGCCCGCAGGCGCCUGGGUUCGAAGCCUGGAGGAGACGGUGGGCCGACAGAACGGAUUCAGUGCCAAGUUCAUCGCCAAAGCGGG